AUGUCUCCUGUUAACAUCGGAAAGGUUCCCUCUCGCCGCCAGAAACAACAGGCUCCAGUUGACUCGACCACCACUCGCGCUGGAAGAGUCAGCAAGGCACCGGCCCCUUAUGUUCCAGUAACUGGCCUACUGAAGGCAAAACGAGCUUGCCGCAAGAAAGAAACCGCGGUUGUUUGCGUGUACUGCCAGCGAGGAAACAGUCCUCUCAAUAACAGCAUUGUGUACUGUGACGGUUGCGACGCAACCUGGCAUCAGAAAUGCCAUGAUCCUCCAAUUGAGAAUGAACUGAUCACUGUCAAGGAGGCAAAAUGGCUUUGCCGGAAAUGUAAGCCUCCAAAGCGUCGUCCUAUCACUUUCAUGCGCAAGCCUACACAACCUGCGAGCAAAUCUACUCGCCUUGUUCACCCACGUCUUCAGCACGCCCCUCAACUGGAGGUUGGUGGUGAACUCUUUACAUCAGAUGAGAUCCGGGCGUAUGCUUCGUGCCGGUCUCACGCUGCCCUUGUGGAGUUGGUUGUUCAUGUUUCGAGCCAGAACCCCACGCUCCCAAUAUUUCCUCGCAACAUGCGGGAUCUCCUCGCCUCGCAAUUUGUUGCCCAUUCUCAGCUCCCAGUGUCUGCAGCUCCUCUUAAAUCGAAAAAUUCGACUGUGGGUCCUCCUGUCCGAAAGAAGACAUCAAACACGACUGCAAUCAGUAAAGAACCGGAGCUCCUCACCACCAAAAGGCCCCGAACAAACUCGGCCCCUGCAAAGCCUGAGCUGAAUGCCAUCAUUGGAAAGAACAACUGUGAAACUGAGGCUCCUGAGCCUGAGUUUCCCACCCGGAAGAGGGCGCGAACCGAGUCCAUUGUCACCAAGCCCAUUAUUACUGCGCCAUCUUCCCGACAGACCCGACAGGACAAGCCCUCGCUCCGAAACGCAGCCAAUUUUCCUGACCCUGAGAAGAAUGAAGAUGUAUUUGGUGUCGAGUUAACUGAGAUUGAUGUCAACUGCGCUGCUCCUAUCAAGUUGGAGCCAGAUGUGGAAGCAGGCGUCAAAGUUGAGGGUCAUCACCGACGAAUCAACGACCACCGACUGUACCCUCGACCUGGCAAUGGCUUUGCGACCUCAACAGAUCCAAUUGACCUUGACAUCAUUGCAGAGGAGGAGGGGUACCUGGCAUUCAGUCACAGUGUACAUGGACGCCGAACUUGGGCUUACCUAGGUUCAAACAUGUUAAUUCCCGAAGUGCUGAACUAA